AUGGUCAUCUCAGAUCUGACCGUGAAAACUAAACAUACUCAACUUGAACCAGAAAGUCUACGAUCCAAGUGUAAAAAAGGGUCUGCUGGCUCCAAUCACGUCUCGUCGGUAUCCGUGGAUGUGAGGCCUACGCCCGUUAAAACGUUGGUGAGAAAUGGCGUACCUCGGAUCCUUGCUUGGAUCAUAUGGAAGCACGGCAUCCGCCGGCCGUGGAGCCGCCUGAUCCGUGGGAAUCUGUGGGCGCCUAAUCCAAAGAAGCUUUCGGAACAUCGUGCCGUCCUCCGUCUCCUCGCACCUUGGCGUUUGCUGCUACUAGCAAUGCGAUCCGGCCAAGCUAACGUCGACACCAUCGCGAUCACCCGACGUUCGACACGUACCAUAACGCGUGUCAACUACGCGACUCUGGGCGGGCGUCGUAUACCUGAAACCAAGACAACCACUGUAAAGCGUGAACGAGUCACCAGACUCGUAGGCAAGUCAUUCCCACCACAUAACUCUCUCGGCCAGGACAGCACGCUCGAGUCAAAUGUUUCGGCCGUCACGCAGUCUCGAGCAGUCAGCAGCAAAAAGCGGAAAGUCACGGGCACGCCGCAGCGACAGCAUGGAGAACCUCUCUCGAAAAAGGCCAAGAGAUUGGUUGCGUCCCCGGAGACAUAUCCACAAUUGCGACCGUUGGGAGAUAACGUGAAGGAGGGGCUAGAUGUGAUAUUCUGUGGGGUAAACCCGGGAAAAAAGUCCGCUCAGGUUGGCCACUAUUAUGCAAACCCCAGGAACUACUUCUGGAGAUGUUUACAUCGUUCAGGCUUUACUUCGCGCCAGUUGGCACCAAGCGAAGAUCGUACGCUUCCGGGUGACUUCAAUCUUGGCCUGGCAUGUCAGCUCUCUAAGGCCGAGAUGCGCGCCGGUGUAGUUCCAUUCCUUCGCAAGGUCGCACGACUCCAUCCCCGGGUCAUUGCGAUUGUCGGCACGCAGACGUGGAAGGAGACUCUUCUGCCCGAGCUCGAGAGGCUCACAGGACAGAGAUCGAAAGACGUGCGCAAGGCGGGUCUGCAGCCCUUCAAGCUCGUAUCACAAAUAGUCUCAGCCGACGAGUCCGGAGAACUCGGGGACAACGCUACACUGAUAUACGUUGUGCUGAGUACGUCUCCGGCGGCAACGCUAACCUCGCUGAAAGAUAAGGUCGCAUCCUUCGCCGAGCUGAAAGCGCUCGUCGAGAGUAGGGUAUCGGAAGUUGACACAAUCCCGAUGGUGGAAGUAUGCUUAGAUUCCAUUUAA